CUCUGAGGCGCGCACUGGCGGUCCGCGACUGCUCGGUUUACCUGAGGGACGGCUCGCUUCCCCCGCCUGGCGCUGCAGCCACCAUCGAAUCUGGCCUCCAAGGUCUGAGAUAUUUUAAUCAAAGGAAGAAAUAGCUCUUCACCUAAGAUGGAAUCUGUUGUUUGGGAAUGUGGUUAAUCAACUUGAUACGUUGGCCAAAUGUGCCCUACGUAACAAAAUGAAAAGAAGAGACAAGAUGAUGUCAUUUUCCCGUAUUGUGAAACCAAAAACAAAUGCCUUUUGUGAGACCAAGCUAACAAAGCUCUGACAGUGCAAAGAGCAUUUAAGUGAAGAACUCAACAGUGAGAUAUAAAAGAAGUACUUUGAAGCUGAGACCUGCAGGGGUAUAAAGAUCUAAAAAUAUUGAAUAGCCCUGAUCAUUCAAAUCUCAUUGAAAUCCUGAAAGGAUGGCUAUGAGUUGGAUUGUCUUCUAUCUUUGGGCCUUGGCUAUGUUUGUGGGAUGCAUAAGUGGGCAUAGUUCGUUUUCUUGUGAACCUAUUACCUUGAGAAUGUGCCAAGAUUUGCCUUAUAAUACUACCUUCAUGCCUAAUCUUUUGAAUCAUUAUGACCAACAAACAGCAGCUUUAGCAAUGGAGCCAUUCCACCCUAUGGUGAACCUGGAUUGCUCUCGGGAUUUCCGGCCAUUUCUUUGUGCACUCUACGCUCCUAUUUGUAUGGAAUACGGACGUGUCACACUUCCUUGUCGUAGGCUAUGUCAGCGGGCCUACAGCGAGUGUUCGAAGCUCAUGGAAAUGUUUGGUGUUCCUUGGCCUGAAGAUAUGGAAUGUAGUAGGUUUCCAGAUUGUGAUGAGCCAUAUCCUCGACUUGUGGAUCUGAAUUUAGCUGGAGACCCUACGGAAGGAGCCCCAGUGGCAGUGCAGAGGGACUAUGGCUUUUGGUGUCCCCGAGAGUUGAAAAUUGAUCCUGACCUUGGUUAUUCUUUUUUGCACGUGCGUGAUUGUUCACCUCCUUGUCCAAAUAUGUACUUUAGGAGAGAAGAACUUUCAUUUGCUCGAUAUUUCAUAGGACUGAUUUCAAUCAUUUGCCUCUCUGCCACAUUGUUUACUUUUUUAACUUUUUUGAUUGAUGUUACAAGAUUCCGCUAUCCUGAAAGACCUAUUAUAUUUUAUGCAGUCUGCUACAUGAUGGUAUCAUUAAUUUUCUUCAUUGGGUUUUUACUCGAGGAUCGAGUAGCCUGCAAUGCAUCUAGCCCUGCCCAGUAUAAGGCUUCCACAGUGACACAAGGAUCUCACAAUAAAGCCUGUACCAUGCUUUUUAUGGUACUCUAUUUCUUUACUAUGGCUGGCAGCGUUUGGUGGGUAAUUCUUACCAUCACAUGGUUCUUGGCAGCUGUGCCAAAGUGGGGCAGUGAAGCUAUUGAGAAGAAAGCAUUGCUGUUUCACGCCAGUGCAUGGGGCAUCCCUGGAACUCUAACUAUCAUCCUGUUAGCGAUGAAUAAAAUUGAAGGUGACAAUAUUAGUGGCGUGUGUUUUGUUGGCCUCUACGAUGUUGAUGCAUUGAGAUAUUUUGUUCUUGCUCCCCUCUGCCUAUAUGUGGUAGUUGGGGUUUCUCUCCUCUUAGCUGGCAUUAUAUCCCUAAACAGAGUUCGAAUUGAGAUUCCGUUAGAAAAGGAAAACCAAGAUAAAUUGGUGAAGUUUAUGAUCCGGAUUGGUGUUUUCAGCAUUCUUUAUCUUGUACCACUCUUGGUUGUAAUUGGAUGCUACUUUUAUGAGCAAGCUUACCGUGGCAUUUGGGAAACAACAUGGAUACAAGAACGCUGCAGAGAAUAUCACAUUCCAUGUCCAUAUCAGGUUACUCAAAUGAGUCGUCCUGACCUGAUCCUUUUUCUGAUGAAAUACCUGAUGGCACUCAUAGUCGGUAUUCCCUCCAUUUUUUGGGUUGGAAGCAAGAAAACAUGUUUUGAAUGGGCCAGUUUUUUCCAUGGUCGUAGGAAAAAAGAGAUAGUGAAUGAGAGCCGACAGGUACUCCAGGAACCUGAUUUUGCUCAGUCCCUCCUAAGAGAUCCGAAUACUCCUAUUAUAAGAAAAUCAAGAGGAACAUCCACUCAAGGAACAUCCACACAUGCUUCUUCAACUCAACUGGCUAUGGUGGAUGAUCAGAGAAGCAAAGCAGGUAGUGUCCACAGCAAAGUGAGCAGCUACCAUGGCAGCCUCCACAGAUCACGUGAUGGCAGGUACACUCCCUGCAGUUACAGGGGAAUGGAGGAAAGACUACCUCAUGGCAGCAUGUCACGACUAACAGAUCACUCCAGGCACAGUAGUUCUCAUCGGCUCAAUGAACAGUCACGACAUAGCAGCAUCAGAGAUCUCAGUAGUAAUCCCAUGACUCACAUCACACAUGGCACAAGUAUGAAUCGGGUUAUUGAAGAAGACGGAACCAGCGCUUAAUUUGUCCUACCUAAGGUGGAAAACUUGUGCUGUUUAAAAAGCAGGUUUUAUUCUUUGCCUUUGCAUGACUGAUUGCUGUGACUCACUCUUACCAUGCUUUCAGUCAGGUGCAGAUUGUGUGCAUUGGAAAAGUAAAUUUUUGCUGUUUAUAUUGCAUCAAACUUGGAACAUCAAGACAUCCAACACACUAAGAAUUAUAUGUUCACAAAAAUAAUUCUUCUUUCUAGGCUAUGAAGAGAUAAUUAUCUGUCUGGUAAGCAUUUUUUAAAACCCAGUUAUUUUAUAUUUAGAAAAAUCCUAAAUGUGUGGUGGCUGCUUUGUAGUAAACUUUCAUAUAGUGUGAACUAGUGGUGAGAUGACAUUCUGGUGUUCUGUUAAUAAAACAAAAUUUCAGAAUUGAAGAAAUUUUCUAUGCAAGGUUUUUUUUUCUCAGAUAAAUAGGACUUUGUAGUUCUUCCCACUAAGUGAAAAAGAAAUGUAUUUUUAAACUGUAGGAGAAUUUGAUAAAUCAACAGGAGUAUUUUAGCUAAUAGAAUAUAAGUGCAACGGAAGAAUCUGAUUAGUAUAUUGAAGGCUCUGUCAAAUUUCUAUCAAAGUAAUCUUCAUCCAGAGAUAUUCAGGAUUAAGAUUAAUAGUGAAAUAGAAGUGGAGAUGGACAUUUUUCUCUAUAAUUUUGCUGUUUUUAUUACUUUUGUAAAUACUACUUUUAUUGGCUGUAUUUUUAUAACUUAUCCAUAUGCAUGAUGUAAAACUUUUAAUUUGUAGCCAUCUUCUCCCAUGUAAUAGCAUUGAUUCAUAAAGAACUUCAUGUUUAGAUCUGUUUCAUGGAGGCAUGUAGUAAGAUAAGCAUCACACGUUGUAAGGUUUUUUUUGUGGUAACCGUAAUUACAAAAUGGCAAAAUGUUUUCUCUGUAUCCAUUGUUGUACUUUUCUGGAGUUAGAUAUGAUCUUGCCUGAGCCACCAGACCUUGGCAUCCAGGCCCCUCCUAUCAGUGAGUUGAUUGUCUGCACUUGCAUUGCCCUAAUAGGCUACUGCUUUUUGCCCCACAACCUUAUUUUAGAUUCUGGAUCAGUCUUGUUUACAGCUGAAAUAGAUUAACCUAAAUCCAAAGUGGUGAUAAUUUAGGGUAUUUAAAAAUUAUUGUAGCUAAAUGAAGCAUGAUUAGUCUUGCUGUGAAGUAUCUCUUAUCCUAAAAAUAGCAACUCAAAAAUGUUUGACAUUUUUUCUUGUAAUGUUUAAAUAAUUUAUAAUGUAGACUGUGAACUUUGUUAGGCAUGUAAUUGAUCAGAGGGAAAAGAAAAAUUUUGGAUGUGUUACGCAGAAGAGCUUAUUUAAAAAAGUGGUUCUCAACUCUGCAGGUAAGAAUCACUUGGGGGAACUUCUGAUGCUCAAUACCUUCUUCUCAUUCAGAUUUAAUUAGUUGAGGUAAGGCCUAAACCAAAAAAUUCCAUUGCCAUUGAGUCCAUUCCGACUCAUAGUGACCCUAUAGGACAGAGUAGAACUGCUCUCGAGAGUUUCCAGGGCUACAAAUCUUUACAGAAGCAGAGUGUUGCAUCGUUCUCCUGUGAGCGACUAGAGAGUUUGAACCAAUGAUUUUGCACCGACCUUUCGGUUAGCAGUGAGCGCUUUAACCAUUGCACCAUCAGGACUCCUUGAGGUGAGACCUAGAGAAUUGGUAUUUUCUUAAAGUGCUUUGCAAGUGAUUCUAAUCUGCCACUAGGAUUGAAAACUACUGUUUUAAAUUAACUUGCCCCUGUUGAUAAUCUGAUGGCAUCACAGUAUAAAACCAAAAAAACCAAACCCAGUGCCGUCGAAUCGAUUCCGAUUCAUAGCGACUCUAUCACACACACAGUAUACCAAGCGAAAAUGUAGCUGGACUCAGUGUUAUGCUUUUAUAUUGUUACCUAUGUACGAUUGUUUUCCAUUUUAUCAACUAUUAUGAAAUGCAGGACUCUAGGCCCUACUCCUAGAGAUCCUUAUUCAAUAGGUCAAAGGUGGUAGGAUUUAUGGAGGUAAUUCAAGAAUCACACUUUGAAAAAUAUUGCUGUAGACUCUAGAGAGGUCUGGAUCUGUCAUAUCCUAGUUUUUUGGCCUUUAACAAGAAAACCUCUCUGAGCUUGCUUGUUUUAAAUGUAGAUAGAAGAUAAAUACCUACCCUACCUACCUCAUAAGUUUGUUGUGAGGAUCAAAUUUAAAAAAAAUAAUAUGAAAACUCUUUGGAAACUGUAAAGCAUUAUGAAAUAUAAGGGAUUAAUAUUAUUGAAGACUUAGAGAUUUGUUUGUGGGCUUGCUGUUUAAUGUGUUUAAUUCCUUGUGUACUUUUCUCUCUCCUUUAAAACGAAAAAUAGCAAGAAGUUAGGUGUUGAAAAAGAAGCUUUCAUGAGGCACACAAGUCAGUUUUCUGAUGUUGUUAGGUGCGGUUGAGUUGGUUCUGACUCAUAGUGACCCCAUGUACAACAGAAUGAAACACUGCCCAGUCCAGUGCAAUCCUCACAAUCAUUGUUAUGCUUGAGCCCAUUGUUGCAGCCACUGUGUCAUUCCAUCUCGUUGAAGGUCUUCCUCUUUUUGCUGACCCUCUACUUUACCAAGCAUGAUGUCCUUCUCCAGGGAUUGAUCCCGCCUGAUAACAUGUCCAAAGUACGUGAGAUGUAGUCUCGCCAUCCUUGCUUCUAAGGAGCAUUCUGGCUGUACUUCUUCCAAGACAGAUUUGUUCCUUCUUCUGGCAGUUCAUGGUAUAUUCAAUACCAUAGCUUGGGUCAGGCACACCGUAGUCUUCAAAGUGACAUCUUUGCUUUUUAACAUUUUAAAGAGGUCUUUUGCAGCAGAUUUGCCCAAUGCAAUUGGUCCGUUUUCUGAUAGUAAUAUGUAUUUUGUUUGUAUAUCAUGCUUUUUUCUUUGAUUGAAUUGUUACUGAUUCUUCAUAAGAUAUAUUUUGAACCUUUGACCCAAAAUGUUUUUCUUUUUCCUUUCUCUUCAUUGUUUUUCUUCUUGGAACUGGAAUUAGUGUCCAUGUUAGGCAGGUCCUGAAUUACCUCAUAACUGACAAUUAGUAAACCUUUUCUCUGAAGGCCAAACUUACAACAACUAAUUUAUAAAUAAAUCAUUAAUUCACAAGGCUUUUGUCUGAGAAUCUCUCCUGAGAACAGCAUGAGAGCGCCAAAACAAAUAUUCAGAUACAAAAAUAAGAAGUUAAGAUAGAAGGUACCAGUUUGAGCUCAAAGAUGUUGUUGUCCAUAGCCAUCUGCAUUAUAUUGUCAACUGCCAAAAUGUUAGUUGGUUUCCUUAUAGAAGUGGGCCAAGUAUAGACAUAUAACGUCUCUAUGAAAAUCUUAACUUUGUGUUUCCUGAUUUUUAUAUAUUCACGUGUAUCUUCUCCAUUACAUUGAUAGUUGGUGUGCAUAUUGUCAUAUUGACCUUUCAGUCACUUUCAGUUAGUAUCUUAUUUUGCCCCACAAAAUCUAUAUAAUAUUAAUCCAUUGUUUUAAAUAACAGCAUUUAAUUUAGGCCAUGGUAUUUAUCAAACUAGUGCUCCAAAUUAAUUUUUAAGAGAAAAUUGAAGACUUUGGCAAAACAGCAACUUAAGUUUCAACCUGCUUAAAACAACUUGAGCAAGUCUGGACAGUUUUCUUACCAUAUGUUUAACUUUAAUUUGUGUUGUGAUUGGCAUAUGAUGUUUAGCAUUCUGCUAGUUCAGUUGACAACUGAGAAAAUAAUGGCUCUCUCUAAAAUGUUAUGUAUAAUUAAAAAAGUUUUUCAAAAAGUAUUUCAUUUUAGCAAUAUGUUUUUAUUCAGUAAUUAAUGCAAAAGAUGAAAGACAAUAUUAAGCCCCAAACUAUAAUUAGUGUUAACAGUUGAUGAAUAACCCAACAACUAGCACAGGGCUUAAUACAUAGAAAGUUUUCAAUACAUACUUAAAUGAAAGAACAACUCAUGUUGCACAGCUUUUACCCUAGUAAUGAGAGUUCUAAGUUCAAAGAUUUUUGAAGGAUCUAAAUUUAUACUAAGUAAAAUGAAGUCUCUGCUUUACCAGAAUUACCUGAUAGAUAAUAAGAAAUAUGUAAAUUACACUAGACGAAGCUUAUUUCUCUUACAGCAACAGUCCCUAUUACUAUUUUAAUUAAAGAAAUAUAUGUAAAAACUUUUACCGACCCUUAUGUAUUAAUUUAAAAAGAUGAACAAGUGAUUUUUAGAAAUAAAUAAUUAAGCUUCUGUUGGUCUUAUGUUAAGUUAGAUUUUUGUGGACCAGUUGGGUGAAUGAAUAUUCAAGCACACUUUUCAUUAGUAAUAAUUUUAUUCUUUCUGCUAUUUCUUAGAGCAGAUUUAUAAAAAAUUCUAAGCAUCACUUCAAAUUAGAAAAAUUUACGUUUUUACCUACCCCAUUAAUUUCUUUGUGAUAACUGCUGGAAAUAACUAAAAUCGUAACUGUCUUAGUUUAGGCUAUAUCCCAGUGAAAUAAAAGGAACUACUUAAAUUUUUUGAUAAAAUAGUGGAUUACUGGCUGGAACUUGGAAAACAUUAAUAUACCAAAAUUUCACUAUGAUGAUAUUUAUAGUGCUUGUUAACAUGCCAAAGGGAAUUUACAUAUAUCAUGCUUGGAUGACUUACACAGUGUAGUGAGUAUACUGAAAAUUCCACUGGACUUAGAAUUUGAAGACCCACAAUUAUGAUGUGAACUGGACAGGUCAUUUAACUUCUCUUAUUCUCAAUUUCUUCAAUGUAAAAUGAGGAUAAAGUAGUGUUUUGUUCCAGCCUACCUCACUAGCAUCGUGAGGACUGAAUAAAAUAGCAUGUAUUAUAGUGCUCUGUAAUCUGUAAAUUGCUCUACUGAUAUUAUUUGCUUUUUUUAGAAUUUUGGGGUUGUAGAAAACAAGGAUAUGGUUUUCAGUAGUAUUUAUUUUUAGCAAUAACAACAAAAGUAGGCAAUUAGACCAGAUUCAUGUGGUACAAUCUUUAAAUCAACAAUCCAAUUAAUCUUUAAAAAUGAUUGUUUUGUUUUGUUUUUCAAGAAUAGCUAUACCCUUAACUUGUAUGUGUUGUUUGCAUACUUAUAUGCUCUCAAAUAUUAUGUGUUUGAGUUUGUAGGUCACUUUCAGCAGAAAUUUAGGAAUCUUCAUUAUAUGUUUUCCUUGAAGUGGAAGUGUAUAAUUACAUUAGCUUAACUUGACUGAAAUUUAUAAGAAAAAUAUAAAGAGGAGUGUAGACCCUAUAACUUUUCUUUUUCCUUUGAAGACUUUCAUGUACCUAAUUCUUUAUGAUUAAGAACAAGUCUUUCAAAGGUGAUUGCUAUGAUUUUUUGGUUUUCAUCACGGCAAAACUUUAAAUUUUAAGUUAUAACACUACGGGAAUUGUUUGUAUAUAUGUAUAUAUAAUUUUUAAAAAUCUGUGUAAAGAUUUUUUCUCCAUCUUUCUCCAAACAUACAUAAACACACAAAUGAUAGCAUUUUUAUAGAACCUAGAUUCAUAAAGGAACUCAUGAUUCUUUUAAACUUCUUUUAUGCCUUUUUACCACCAAUUAAAAUAAGAAAACAAAGUGUUUACAUUUAAUUCAGCUACAUUUGCUAGUGGC